AUGACUACACCAAAGUAUGCAUUCCCCCUAUUUGAUGAGUGUCCCUCGGCGUGCACAAACCACUGUGCUGAAAAAGCGGCCCUCAAAGCCGGCUACGAGGCCGCGAAUACCGAAUACGUUGACUACAUGAAGCAAAUGAUUCAAUCCCUUCUUAAUAACCAAGUCAAUCUCUCCGCUGCACUCGACGAAACACGUGAGGCCUGCGCUAAGCUCCAUUUGCAAAAAUCAGAACUGGAAACCUCAAAUACUCAGGAGGUCCAAGUACUGCAGGCGGAACUAAGCAUGUGCCGCCAACGGGAGGCUGAAAUAACCCUGGCUUACGAAGACCUACGUAGUCGAAUCGAAGCAAUCGACAGUGUCAUAGAACAGAUCCCGUGGCUUGAUGUUCUCUUCAAUUCCGACGAGCCUCUACAUUCACGCCUAAAGGCCCUAAAAGGUGAUUCUGAGGAGGCAGAUGCAAAUCCUCAACUAUCUCAAACAUCCUCAACAGUUCAUUCUGUAAGUUAUGAUGAAAAUGAUGGGGAUAUUGAUGAGGACGAUGGAGAGGAAGAUAUUGAUGCUGUUCGCAGCGAAAUUAUUUCUUCAAAUCACCAUAGAGUUCCACUCUCUGCUUGGAGAAGGGCUUCACAGCCAGUCAAACGCACAGGUAGUGCUUCUCCUCUGAGUGACAGUGGUUGUACUUCUGAGAGUCACGACGAGAUUUCCUUGAACUCUCUUAACAGUGCUCACAGCAGUCCGCAUCUUGUUGUCCUACGUGGAAGGCUAGAAGCACAGCAACAACAACAACAACAACAGCGACAAAUGCAAAAUGGAGUUAGAAUGAGGAGGGGGCCACAGGAAGCAUCAUCUUUUGGAGGUGGAUGGAGGCUAGGGAAAAUUACGGAGUCCUUGAGAUUGUCGAUUUCAAAGUUCGCUGAUAAGUCGGGGUGGAAAAUGGAAGCCCUCGCAGCUAGACAAAGGGAAGCAAGGGCGCUGGUCCUUCUAAAUGAGACACAAGCUGAGAAUUUUACUCCAUACGCAUUAUAA